CACUAGCCGGGCAAUAAAGCAGGGACCACGAGAGAAGCCAGGUCGAAGGACUAGUAAACAGUGGUUGUGUUAGUGUGUGCAAUAUAACAAAAAAAGAAACGAUCACAAUGUCAAAUCUCCGAGCUCGGUAUCUGCUGAUACUCCUCAUGACAACUCUAGUGGGAGCUGAUGAUAUCGACUAUGGCGUCGAAGAAAACCUCCUCAUCAAAGCCUUAAGAGAUGUAUCAAACCAGAACAAGACAGACACUUUGAAUUUACCGGCAAAUGCUUCAUCCAUCAGAGAGAAUAUUACAGACACGUUUAGCUGCGAGAACCGAACCUACGGCUACUACGCUGACGUGGACAAUGAGUGCCAGGUGUUCCACGUGUGCCUCCCUUCGCAAACCCCCUCCGGACGCAACGUCACUUACCGCUGGAGCUUCAUCUGUCCCAAUGAGACCAUAUUCAAUCAGGAGGUCCUAACCUGCACGCGAGUAGCCGACUCAAUAAACUGCGAAGAUUCCCCAAUGUUCUACCACCUCAACAUGGAAAUCGGUAAAGUAUCCAACAAGACGGAAGAAAAAGAUACAAAAACCAAUCGCAAAACACAAAAAAGAAAAACAGAAACUAAAAGAGAAAAAAUCGUGAUGGAAAACGUCGUCAACGAAGUACAAGAAGUACCAGAAGAACUAAAAGAGAAACUCCAAGAAGAAAUAUUUAAGAAGAAUGGAGAAGAGAGCCCCAUGCUAUUAGAAGCCGUUAUCGAGAGUGUAGAAGCAGAGCUAGAAGCAGAAGAUAUGAGUAAAGAAGAAGACUUGGAUAGGAUGAUCAUGGAGAGGAAUUUGAUGCAGGAUAGGCAGAUGAGACAAGAGAGGCAGUUGAGAAGAGGCAAUGUUAGGUUUAGAGGAGAAAACUAAAGUGCAAUAAUUAUAGAAUUUCAGUCGUGUUUUGGUGCAAUGAUAUUUGAUGUAUUUGAAGCUUAUGGCAAACUUUCUUUUAGGGUUGCCGAUAUAAAUGUUUUUGGUGAUUUCGCUUUUCGCUGCUUUGAGUGGGAUCACAUUUUAUUUUUUAUGGUUUGGUGUUGAAAUUACUCGUCUCAUUCUUUUACUGAGUUAUUGUAAAAAAUUGUCAAUAUUAUGUAUAAGAAUAAUUUGGACAAUAUUUUCUUAAGACUCAAUAUUUAAUUUUUGAGUUAGUAAAAAAAGAAUGCUGAACCAUUGGCCAGAUGUUCUGAAAUAAUUAUGACAAAAUUGAUGUAAAUACACACAAUACAGCAAGCUUUUAAAUGAUAGUAAUUCUUUGUCAAAAACCUAGUUUUUAUUACAAGCAGGCAUUUAUAAACGUAACAAUAAUGACUCUAGGUGUGUUUCCAAAAUAUCAAAAGAACUGGCAAGAAAGACCAUAUGCUAUAAUUUUAAAGUUUUCACGUAUUCUUAAAAUGUCUGUCAAGUGCCACUGAGUUACUAUGAUAAAAUAUUACUAUUCAAAAUAUCGUUGCACCGAUAUUAAAGAACGUUACUGAUAACACCAUGCUUCGGGUUUAAGCUAAUUUAAGUUGUUGUAAAUAGAAAUAUGAAGUUUAAAUAAAUGAAAAUGUUCAUUUAA